GAAUGAGAGAGAGAGCAAGCGCUCGAAGUGGACUGAACGAGGAAAGGACUGAAGGAGAGAGACAUGACAAAAUAUCAAAAGAGGGAAAGCACGCUGUACCAUGCGAGCUAAAUUUGUGACCGCUGGAAUUGAGGAUGUCGGAUUAAUGGUGACUAUCAUAACCCGUUUUCGCAGAGGAAGCUUUUCGAUUGGAACUUUCGAACAGAAGGUCCGCGGGGAAACAUGGCCGAAGGAGGGGCGGGUAAAGGUGGCGGAGAAGACGAAGCCAAGUCGACGGAGCAAGAAGAGCGAAUUCGGCCCCAGCUUCUGUCAGGAACAGGCCACUGCAAGUGGUUUAAUGUUCGAAUGGGGUUCGGAUUUAUAUCAAUGACCAGCAGCGAGGGGAGCCCCGUAGAUCCCCCUCUGGACGUAUUUGUUCACCAAAGUAAACUGGUGAUGGAGGGCUUCCGCAGCCUGAAGGAGGGCGAGCAGGUGGAGUUCACCUUUAAGAAGUCCUCCAAGGGCCUGGAGUCCCUGUGGGUGACGGGGCUGGGUGGGGGACCGUGUGCGGGCAGCGAAAGGAGACCCAAAGGGAAGGUCCCGCCCCAGAAGAACCGCAAACCAAAGGGAGACCGCUGUUAUAACUGUGGAGGUCUGGACCACCACGCCAAGGAGUGUGGCCUGCCCCCCCAGCCAAAGAAAUGCCACUACUGCCAGAGCAUCAGGCACAUGGUGGCCCAGUGUCCCCACAAGGUGCUGGCGGCCCCCACAGGCUUUCAGGACCCCCUGCACCCCUCUACCUCGACCCACCUGUACCCCGCCGACGAGGAGGAGCGCUCGGGCUCGUCCCCCCUUGAGGGCCCCUCGCCCUCCCCAGAGGAGCUACCCCAGUCACACCGCGUUGGCCCCCAGAGGGGGAGGAAAUAGGGGGAGAGCUGUACCUCCCGACCCCUGACUCUCCUCACCUAAGGAACCCCUCUUAACCCCCACCCCUAAUCUACCUCGCACUUGUGGAAAUAAUAGGUCUAUUUUUGGCAGGACCAGCGCAGCUAUGGCAACGAUCGUCAGGGGUACGGAUGUAUGUGACUGACUGGCUGUGGCAGCUAUGACAACCAUUGCUGGGGAUAUGGAUGCAUGUGAAUGACUGUCUCUUUGUGUGUGAUUGGUCUCAAUCAGUGCAGCUCGAGACAAUAUGGUCUUAAAGAGAAACAAGGUUGGCGGUGAAUCUAAUGACUGUCUGGGUUAGAUGACUGUCUGGGUUAGAUGACUGUCUGGGUUAGAUGACUGUCUGGGUUAGAUGACUGUCUGGGUUAGAUGACUGUCUGGCUUAGAUGACUGUCUGGCUUAGAUGACUGUCUGGGUUAGAUGACUGUCUGGGUUAGAUGACUGUCUGGGUUAGAUGACUCUCUGGGUUAGAUGACUCUCUGGGUUAGAUGACUCUCUGGGUUAGAUGACUCUCUGGGUUAGAUGACUCUCUGGGUUAGAUGACUCUCUGGGUUAGAUGACUGUCUGGGUUAGAUGACUGUCUGGGUUAGAUGACUGUCUGGGUUAGAUGACUGUCUGGGUUAGAUGACUGUCUGGGUUAGAUGACUGUCUGGGUUAGAUGACUCUCUGGGUUAGAUGACUGUCUGGGUUAGAUGACUCUCUGGGUUAGAUGACUGUCUGGGUUAGAUGACUCUCUGGGUUAGAUGACUCUCUGGGUUAGAUGACUGUCUGGGUUAGAUGACUCUCUGGGUUAGAUGACUGUCUGGGUUAGAUGACUGUCUGGGUUAGAUGACUGUCUGGGUUAGAUGACUGUCUGGGUUAGAUGACUGUCUGGGUUAGAUGACUCUCUGGGUUAGAUGACUCUCUGGGUUAGAUGACUGUCUGGGUUAGAUGACUCUCUGGGUUAGAUGACUCUCUGGGUUAGAUGAUGUCAUCCAUAACUCUUUCUGUGGUCAUUUCUGAAUAGGACUCAUUUCUCUUUUAGAUUUUGGUCCACCUGGUUCAUAUUUAUAUAACCGUUCCAAAGGUCAUGAUGCGGCGAUCCAGCAGAGUUAAUUUGAAGCAUUAAGGAUUUUAAAUAAGGCCUUGAUGUAGGCCAGUGCUUCUUAAUCCUGUGUAUUUUAGUUGUAUAUCCUUCACAUCUACACACUAGAUUCUACUAAUCAACUCACCACCAACUUUUUGAUUAGAGUUCUACUUUUUUUCUAAGAGUGUGGGAUCAGGAUUGAUAGGCCCUGUAUCAAAACAAUGGAACCUCAACCAAUCAGAAGCAAAAUGAUUCUUUAAUGCGGCCUAUCCAAUCAGUGUAGAGGAGAUUACCAUGGAUACCAGAGUGAAUGUCAUACCUACCAGUAGCCUAACUGUCACUCCUAAACCACAGAAUAUUUUCUAGUUCAGUGGUACUGACAAUUGACUGCAGAGUUCAUAGCAUUGAAUCCAGGCAUGUGUGCAUACUUGCUUGUGUGCGAGUGGGGUUGUGUGUGUGUGGGGGGUUGUGAGUGGAGUUGUGAGUGGAGUUGUGUGUGUGUGUGUGUGUGUGUGUGUGUGUGUGUGUGUGUGUGUGUGUGUGUGUGUGUGUGUGUGUGUGUGUGUGUGUGUGUGUGUGUGUGUGUGUGUGUGUGUGUGUGAGACGCUGACCCUUUCAUAAAACAACAGUGGCAGAUGAGAAGUUUCAUCUUUCAGAUUAGGGGCCAACCUCUAACUGGACUUGCUAUUAACAAUAAUAUUUCAUAUAAACCUACACAUGCCUCAUAAGAAACAAUAUAAUCAAUAUCCACCAAUAGGUUUGUUUCAAAACAGAAAAAAAUUACAUUAUUUAAUUGGACUAGAUCUAGAGUUGGGUUGCUGGCUAAUUAGUUGAACAGUUUAUAAACUCACAAUAUAUGUUAGUAAUAUAUGUAUGAAAGAAUAGCAUAUUAUUAAAAUGUAAGUAAUAUUCUAACAUAGUUUAAGGAAGCUCUGUAUUGUGCGUAGGAUUCUUUGUCAAGUUAACACAGCGUUAUGUUAAAGCACCAUCACACCCCUCUCUCCCUUGACCUGUGUGACAUCACUAUCUCCUUCACUCUACCCCUCUCUAUCACAAGCUAUCCCCUCUCCUCCUUUGCCAUCAAGUGCCUAGGGCCUGGAGGUUCUCCCUGACUUAAUUAGGUAAACCUCAGAAUCCUAGAUAAAGGCCCAGUAACAGUCAAGUCUACAUACCCUCUAGGUCUGUGUGAUGUCACAAUCCCCCUCAAAACGGGAUUCCAAAACACCGCUGCCGUGUUCCAAAAUGUCCAGAGAUUUACUAAGACAGGAAGGAGGGAGGCAGAAAAAACUCAAAUGCUGGUUUUCGUAUGACGUGAAUCCUCUGCGACUUUCCAGUAGCGCGUACCCUAAUGAAACGUGACAACUCUUCUCUGACCAUAUUGAAUGUGAAAAUAACUUCUCUGAAGUGGCACUCCACCCAAAAGUUAAUGUGGCUCACUUUGGAAUUGUAUCUUAAUGUGCUGACAAAUCAAAUGACUUUGUAUGAUGAUAUCAAACUAGCUUGUGUUUUCUAAAGCUCUAAAACAAACUAUGUAGGUAACCAACUGUUUUUGGUAUACAUUUCUGUACCAAAGAGUAUGGCUUCAUUUGAAGGCAUUUUAAAAGUAGGAAUUGUCGCUUUGCUGUUCCUGCUCCUUUGGAAUUUCUAGGGACGAUUGCUGAAAGUUCAACACUGAGGUUGUUUAUGUACAGCUUUUUGAAUGUGUGACAUGCAUCGAAAUAAAUCCAACAAGUGCACAACAACAGAGAGGAAGAGAAUGACCAAACCACACAACGAGCACAGACCAAGGACCACUCACCUGGAUAAUAUUCCAUUUUUGGUACAAUGUUUAUUUUUUUAUUUUUUUUUACCCACAAUUCCUCUCAGGAUGAUAAACUGUUCUCAGGGAAUAAAAAAAUUAUAUAUUUUAUUCUUUUGGGAAUCAUCCACCAAGUUUUAAUGUUUCUGUACCUCAUGUACUGAUAUUAGUUAACUACCUCUUGAGUUAUGCAUAUUUGUGCAUUUUUUUUCACAUGUUUUGUAUUAUUGAUCUUGUAUGAAUAACUGUAGGACUAUAUUGUACUGAGACCUUGUGAGGUUUUGAAGGGCCCUUUGUGUUGCCACAGAUUUUUAUAAUUUCAACAAAAAUAUAUAUAUUUUUUGUUUGUUUCCAGCAAAAUCCUACCUCAUUUCCUGUGUUUCCUCCUGGCCCCUCCCACCACCUCCUGGCCCCUCCCACCACCCCCUGGCCCCUCCCACCACCUCCUGGCCCCUCCUUCCUCCUGGCCCCUCCUUCCUCCUGGCCCCUCCUACCACCUCUGUGCAGUUUUUUGUUUCAAGCCGGCGCUGUUGGCACAGGAGUCACAAUGCCAUUUCAAUCAAUCACAUAACUGAAAUAGUAGAUCGGUUGUGACUAUAACAAUUGUUUUCACAUCAAAGACAGUUUUUUAGGCCUUUUACUUGGGUUUGAAAUGGGAGUGUUAAUCACCACAUCCAGGGUGAAUUCUCUCUGCCAGCUAAGUCUGUGUGUGUGUGUCAGCUUUUCCCAGCAUAAAAUACUGUUGGCUUAGCUGCAGACAACAACCAGUGAGGAAUCCUCCAUUUUGGGCCAGCUAUAUAGGCAUGUCGUUGGUCAAGUGUUUAUACACCAUUUUUAUACUAACCUCAUUUUAAAAGGAUUUGACUUUGUUGUAAAAUAAAAAAAACUUUUGUCAUUGUUUGUAACCACUUGAUAAUGACCGGCAUGAGGUGGACACGAAUAGGAUUGUACUGCGUAUACGCACAAGGAGAUUGUACUGCGUAUACGCACAAGGAGAUUGUACUGCAUAUACGCACAAGGAGAUUGUACUGCGUAUACGCUCAAGGAGAUUGUACUGCGUAUACGCUCAAGGAGAUUGUACUGCGUAUACGCUCAAGGAGAUUGUACUGCGUAUACGCACAAGGAGAUUGUGCUGCGUAUACGCACAGGGAGAUUGUGCUGCGUAUACGCACAAGGAGAUUGUGCUGCGUAUACGCACAAGGAGAUUGUGCUGCGUAUACGCACAGGGAGAUUGUGCUGCGUAUACGCACAGGGAGAUUGUGCUGCGUAUACGCACAGGGAGAUUGUACUGCGUAU